AUGACAGCACCACCGCGCGUUGGCGUUGGCGUUUUCGUGUUCGAGCAGUCACGUGGUGGACGCUUUUUGAUAGGCAAGCGAAAGGGCAGCCUCGGAGCAGAUACUUGGGCUUUGCCUGGAGGACAUCUCGAACACGGAGAAUCCUUAGAGCAGUGUGCCGUCCGAGAAGUCGAAGAAGAGGCCGGUAUACGACUUGGUAACCCCUACUUUCUCACGGCCACGAAUACUUUCUUUCGGGAAGAUCGCAAGCAUUAUGUCACCAUCUUCAUGAUUGCUCAAACGACCCAUGUUGUAGGGGACCAGCCGCAACAGGCUCAGCUGCUCGAACCUGAAAAGUGCGAAGGCUGGACAUGGUCGACGUACGAAGAGAUGCUCAAUCUCCAGGAUAAUCAAGGCAACCAGCUGUUUCUGCCCCUGAUAUCUCUACGAGACCAGCGUCCUGAUGUUUGCACAUAUCUGAGGUCUAUGGGAGAGAAAGGUUCGUAUUUGGCUCCAGAGAUAUAUGGACGACUCUCCGCGUGA